CCUAGCAAACCCAGAAUGGCUAAUGACAAUAUUGGCAUGGAGGCUGAACUGCCGGCGGAACCGCCGGAGAUCAGAAAUAAGGAAGUGGUGGAAGAGCUUUACGGGGCCUUGAAACGCGGAGACCCAACAACUGUGGGUAGGCUUGUGGCAAGUGAUCUGGAAUGGUGGUUCCAUGGACCUCCACGCUGCCAACAUAUGAUGAGGGUUCUCACGGGGAAGUGUAUCUCAACAGAAUUCAGUUUCCAACCUCGAAGUGUAACAGACAUUGACGAAAACAGAGUUAUAGUGGAAGGUUGGGAAGGAGUUCAGGUGUACUGGGUUCACGUGUGGACACUACAAGAUGGGGUAAUUACUCAGUUCAGGGAGUACUUCAACACAUGGCUCACUGUGAAGGACCUGAGGAGGCCUUCUCCUUCUUCAAGUGGUCCGAGGUGCGAGGCUGAGGUGGUCAAGCACGAUAGCUCAACGACGCUUUGGCAGAGUCAGCUUGGGGACCAGCAGAACCGCUCUUUGCCUGGUCUCGUACUAGCUAUUUGAGUCUUCUUAGCUGGAGCCAUCGCAGC